CAUGUUUGAAAAUCAAAGUGUGGGUAUACCAAGAUGGGGUGGAUGGCUUGUGAGCUCUGCGCCAGUGGGAGAGGAUGGCGGGCUUGUAUUUCUAUGGCGGAGAGGCAGAGAUAGUGGGUGGAGAAAGAAGAAGAAGAGUGAAUUAUAAAGCUAGAAUCAUACAUUAGUCACAGUUGGCAAAUCCACUAAAAUAUAUACAUCCAUGUUGAACGCACAUACACUAAUCUAGUUAAUCACUAAAAAUGGAAUGUGUGAGAUUGCAUUGAGCAUAUUUUAGUCAUCGGAAAUAGCGAUAAAGGGGAAAAAACCAAAAGAAACGUUUCCUGGCCACAUGGCAAAAUAGCCAAUCACAGAUUAGAAAGAAACAUAUGGUAUCAUAAUCCAACGUCAUACCAUGUUAUGACUAUCUCAAACCACGCGGUUGGUGUGGUCAGCUUUUUCAAGUUGAUGAGUAUGAACCAUGCUACAUAUAGGACACUUCUGGUACGACUUUUGUACAACAGUUAUGAUCAUAUCAUUCAUGAAUAAAUGAAAGCGCAACAUGACCAUUAGAUUGACUAUUGUAAAGAAAUCAUAGCUAAAUAUCGUAUGCGGAGUAGUUUUGUAAUUAUUGAUGAACCGUGAUACACAUACAACACUUCUGGUAUGAUUUUUGUAUGACAGUUUUGAUCACAUCAUCCACGAAAGCAGUAGGACCAUUGUAUUGACGUCGUCCCAUAAUUUUUUUUUGACCAUUUGACUGAAUCAUAGACGUUCUUCUUCCUUUUUUCGAAAAGAAGGAUUGCCUCCGGACUCUGCAUCAAGCGAUGCAUAAUAGCCAUUUCUUAUAAAAUGAAUAAAGUAUCAAACUGCCAAGACCAUCUCAAAUAACCAAACAAAGAUAAAAAAAACAAAUAGACACUGCGCGUUGCAGCAUGUGCGCUUGCUUGCUUGUAUAUGAUUUGCCAAUUGGAGUCCAUCGCACGAUACAAAGUGAGAAGAAAAAUCGAAGGACUCCACAUUUCGAAGCAGCUAGCUUGAGCUGAGCUGAGCGCAUUUCGACGCGCUCCAGGAUGCCUCGGCCGCUCCUGGCAGUCCUCGUCGCCGCCCUCGUGCUCGUCCUCGAGCUCCCCGGUGCCCAUGGCUUCCAGAUCGAGGAGGCAACCGUGGCCAGCAUCCAGAUCGGCUUCAACAACGGGAGCCUCACCUCCGUGGAGCUCGUCCAGUUCUACCUGGACCGUAUCAGCAACUUCAACCCGCUGCUGCACGCCGUCAUUGAGGUCAACCCAGACGCGCUCCGGCAGGCGGCCCGCGCCGACGCCGAGCGCUGCUCCGGCCGCCGCCAUCGAGCCAUCGGCGCGCUGCACGGCGUGCCCGUCCUGCUCAAGGACAACAUCGCCACCCGCGACGCGCUCAACACCACGGCCGGAUCGUUCGCGCUGCUUGGCUCCGUGGUGAGGCGUGACGCCGGCGUGGUGCGCCGGCUGCGGCGCGCCGGCGCCGUGGUGCUCGGCAAGGCGAACAUGGACGAGUGGGCCAACUUCCGCAGCUUCUCUGGCGGCGGCUGGAGCGCCCGCGGCGGCAAGGGCAGGAACCCCUACGUGCUGUCGGCGACGCCGUGUGGGUCGAGCACGGGGUCGGCGAUCGCGGCGGCGGCGAGCAUGGCGGCGGUGACGCUGGGGACAGAGACCGACGGCUCGAUACUCUGCCCGGCGUCGCUGAACUCGGUGGUGGGGAUCAAGCCCACGGUGGGGUUGACCAGCCGGGCUGGGGUUAUUCCCAUCACACCACGCCAAGACACUAUCGGGCCGAUUUGCCGCACGGUGGCUGAUGCAGUCCACGUGCUGGACACCAUCGUCGGCUAUGAUGCUCUCGACGCUAUUGCCACGAUGCAAGCUUCCAAGUACAUCCCUCGUGGUGGAUACAUGCAGUUCUUGAAAAAAGAUGGCCUUAGAGGGAAGAGGAUAGGCGUUCCUAAUGGUUUCUUCAACUUCCCAAAUGGGACGGUGCAACAAAUGGUCUACGAGCAACAUCUCAGCACAAUGAGGAAACAAGGAGCAAUCGUGAUUGAGAACCUUGACAUAGAGAAUUUAAGUGUCCUAUUGGAUUUCCAAAACAAUGGCCAACUGAUCGCAUUACCAGCAGAGUUCAAGUUAAGCCUCAACUCCUAUCUGUCAAACUUAUUAUAUUCCCCAGUUCGGUCGCUUGCAGAGAUCAUAGCUUUCAACAAUGCACAUCCUGUUGAGGAAAACAUGAAGGAAAAUGGUCAAACCGUAUUCCUGGUGGCUGAGAACACGACGGGCAUCGGUGCCUCGGAGCGAGAGGCGAUCAGUCAGUUAAAUAAGCUGUCCGCCAACGGGUUGAAGAAGUUGAUGAGGGAGCACGAGCUAGACGCCAUAGUGACACCUAAUAAUGCAGCAUCCUCGGUGCUUGCCAUCGACGGCUUGCCGGCCAUCACCGUGCCGGCAGGGUACGGCAAGCUGGGGGUGCCGUUUGGUCUUUGCUUUAGCGGGCUGAGAGGGUAUGAACCGAGGCUGAUCGAAAUGGCGUAUGCCUUCGAGCAUGUUACCAUGGCCAGAAAGAUGCCCACAUUCUUACCAUAGAACUGACAAUGCGGAAAGGUUGUGUAUGGACUUGUUUAUUUUCGUGUCACGAUAUUUAUGCACGUCUAUGGUGUAAUCAUUUUUCACAAACUACUAGUAGUCGGUAAACAUUAUAGUUGGGUGUGGGGCCUUCA